AUGCCAUUAAUUGGAGGCUCCAAACCGAGCGAUCCUGAAAUCCGGAAGGCGGAGAAGAGCGCGGCGAACGAGGCGCGCCAUGAGCAGCGCAACCUCGAACACGCCGUCAAGGACCUGAACAAGGCAGAGAAGUCGCACGAGAAGGGCAUCAAGGCGGUAGACAAGGCGCAGCAUGCACUGGACGAAGCGGUAAAGGAAGAGCACGCCACCGCGAUGGAGCUCAACAAGGCAGAGCACAAACACGAUACUGCCGUCGCUGAUCAUAGGAACGCCGUGAAGGAACUCGAGUUAAGCAAGCAGCAUGAGCAGCGGCUCCAGGAAGAUGUGCUGCAAUGCAGACGUACCAUGGAGGAGCUUCGGAAGCAAAGGGAUGCUAACGAUCGAACGCGCGAAGGGAAGCUGUCCCAACUUCACGCUUCCAGCACCAGAAUCAUCGAUGAAGGGUCUUCCCGGGUGCCCACAGGCGCUGCUUGA